AUGACUGAGUUUUACAUUGUCAUGGACUUAGAGGUCUACCUGCUGUCUCUGAGCAUGGAGGACAGGCGUCAGUACUACUGGACAACUGACUAUAAGCCACUGGGUGAGAUCUCAGUGUGGACUCCCACUGCAGGUGGUUCGCAGCCAACUGACUACAAGAGGAAUGAAAAAUUGGACCAGAAGAUUUCCCUUUAUAACGGCGACAUCACCAAGCUUGAGAUAGACGCUAUAGUCAAUGCAGCCAACAACACUCUGCUCGGUGGAGGUGGAGUGGACGGAGCGAUCCACCGCGCUGCUGGUCCCAUGCUAAAAAAGGAGUGUGCUUCGCUCAACGGCUGUAAGACGGGAGAAGCCAAGAUUACCUGCGGCUACCGCCUUCCUGCAAAGUAUGUGAUUCACACAGUGGGGCCGAUUGCACAAGGCGGAGUUGGAGAGGCGGAGGAGAACGCGCUAAGAUCGUGCUACAGAAACAGCCUCGAGACGGCGACCGAAAAUGGUGCUCGUUCUGUGGUGAGAAUGAAUUUGAGACAGCAAUUUGAACUGAUGCUGAAAACGGGGUAACACAGGAGGAUUGAG